AUGCUGGAAUCGUAUAAUAAUAAAAUAAUAAGAAAUAUUUUAUUUAAAAAUGUAAAGUCAAUUGCAUUUUGUGGUUGUAAUUCACAUUACAGUUGGUCGAAUUUGAUUAGGAACCCUAUUCUACUGGUUAGAUACAACUAUAUUGAUGUGUUGUUAAAUCAAUAUUUCAAUUUGGAGGAGAACCUUCUAACGGAUCUCCAACAGCGAUACAAGUUUGUUACAUCGGUGUUCGAAGCCGAGAGAAGUAUCCGAGUAUUCCUUGAGGAAGCAGUACAAUUCAACAGAAUCACUGUUUUGCGAUAUCUCUUUGAUGAGAGGAAUCUCAGGUUGAGGUCAUUCAAUAUGAAUGACUGCAGAUGGACUGACAUUGCUGCGCGGCACGGUCAUUUCGAAAUGGUGAAGUUCAUCUACCAACAUCCACUGCUGAGUGGCUACUGCUCUAAAGUCAACGACUCUACGUUCUAUGAGGCGGCCAAGACUAACAAUGUCGAGCUGAUCGAAUGGUUGUCAAAGAAUAUCAAUAUCACCAAGAACCCGAUACUCCACUUUGUUAGCAUGGAAUCGAUGUCUCCAAUUGAAUGUGCUUCGAGCCACGGGAACUUUGACAUGGUAAAGUGGUUAGUGGUGAACAGACCAAAAGAUAAACGGCUAAAAACAGUAGAGUUUUCUCUCGCCAUCAAUAGACUUGAUAUCAUAGAGUGGUUGGAUAGCAAUGGCUAUAUCGAUCAUGCUAAAAUAGAGAUUGAUUUAGAUAGAGUGCUACCGACACUAAAUGAACACUCUAUCGAAUGGCUAACCAACCCAACUGUUGACUUCAAGGUUAGGCUCAGCAGUCAGUCAUUUGCAAUUGCAGUAUCCUCAGGUCGAUUGAAUAUCGCUAAAUGGAUCAACGAGAAACACAAAGAAUAUGUUAAAGUUGUACCGUUAUUAGAUGUUGUUGGAUCGUAUCACCUCGAGACAAUCCAAUGGCUACAUCAUAACAAAUUCCUUUAUAGCGACAACCCAAUAGGUGAACUAUUGAUACCAGACAAAGAUACACCAGAAGCACAACCUUUUGAAAUGAUAAAAUGGAUUCAUGAGAAUAGAUCCGAGAAGUUUAGCUUGGCCACCAUGAGAAGUGCUGCAUGUUUCUCACUGGACAUCGUCAAGUACCUCCAUAACAACGUUGGAAUGAAAUCCGAUCUUUCAUAUGCAAUCGAGAAUGCAGCUAGAUACCAACAAUUGGACAUUGUAAAGUUUCUUCAUGAGAAUACGUCGCAGACUAUCAGACCAAAUAGAUUCCACAAUAUUAUUGGAUCGGCUGGCUUGGAAGUUGUUAAAUUCAUUCAUAGCAAUAGAAGUGAACGACAAUAUUGGACCCCGAGAGUUAUGGAUAAAGCGGCCAAACAUAAUCAUUUAGAUGCUAUUAAAUUCAUGAACGAGAAUAGAACGGAAAGAUGUACACAACAAGCCAUUGUAUAUUCAAUUUAUUUUGGUCACAACGAUAUCACCCAAUAUCUAUUGGACCAUAAACUAUGUGAAUACGAUCACUACGUUACUUUUAAGCACGAAGGUGGAAUCAAUUUUCAAUAUGAAACUUCAACUUUUAACAACAAUUAUGAUUUCUUAGAUAAUUCUGAAGAUUUUGUUAUUGAAUUGGAGGAUGACGAUGAUGAUGAUGAUGAUUAUUCAUCAUCAGAGAGUUCAUUCGAUUAA